GGUCAGGAGGAAGCUGUUACCGAUGAUUGGGUAGAUUUCAACAUGGCCGCUGCAUAUCACAUCAGUGUCUCUUUUCACCCGAUCCUCUCUGUUUUCCACAUUUGUCAACGGGCCUCCCGUCACACACUCACCAGCAGGAAGUAAGGGAAACUCGCCAACUGUCUAACCGUGCUUCCCGUGGCGUUGAUCUCUCUGUGGAAUUUUUGGCGAGGCUCCCAACACAGUAUUGCUUCCGUACAACGUUUGUCAACACCAUCGCGAGUUUUGAUGUUUUGGAAGUGAAGUUGAAGAUUUGGAGUUUGCCCUCGCCACUACUCAGCCUGGGGGCACGGACGCCACAAGUGGCCCGGAGGCUUUCUACAAAUUUCUGAGUUAUUUUCCUCCCUCUGUCACAGUUUAGACAGCCGUAUAUAGCCACGGAUGUUGUACAGAAUGUGUAAAAGUAGCGGCUAGCGGUCCAUACGCCGGGCGUGUGUGUAUACAAACCUUAGAUUUAAGAGUACCGCUAGCUACUUUAGGUCCGCUACUACCGUCUUCCCCGGGAGCAUAGCCAGAGACCACAUGCUGGGAGAGAGUACUAGUACCUUCCAAGAUGUUUCUUCCGCCACAAGCAGAACCAGUACCGAGCAACAGGACUCAGUUGUCGCACGGGAGGGGGGAAGAAGUGGAGUUGUGAUGAUGAGUUCUCCCGAGUCGGAUUUUAGGGACCAGAUGAGGCAGGUGUUCCAGGUGUGCGACAAGGAUGGGAGAGGGACGAUCAGCGUGGAGCAUCUCCAGGCACUCAUCCUGGAGCACUCCGGCGAACAGGACUUGAGUGAGAUCACUGCCCACCUGGACCCAGCAGGCACGGGGGAGAUCGGCUUUGAAGACUUCUAUGAAGGCAUGAAGAGGAUGGUUGGGGGAUUCCAGUCGGAUAAUGACAAAGGAGACGAUUCUGACUUGGAGGAGACCAAGGAGGUGAUGGAAAAUGGUUACCAUGGCAAUGGCUACGAGCUGGAAGACGAGCAGGAGACAAACAGCUGUAACAGCGGGACCUGCGAGACGUCGGAGAGCACGUAUAACGAGUAUGACAUGACAGACGAGGACAACGCCGUGCUGACGGGCCACGAUCUCCAUGACGACGUGGACAGCGCCAUCGGGACCACACCCUCCACCGACGCAGACGGGUUCCUCUCCGUACAGAACGGCAACAAGAAAAGGUAUACACACCACCACCACCCCUCCUCACUCAUGUCUGAGAGCACGUACGGAGAGUACGAGCCGGAGGAAGAACGGUUUGAGGACUUCGGCGAGGCAGACGACGUCGGGGAUGAGGUGGACCUCCCGGAGUCGGACAUGACGGAGAGCGCCGCCGAGGACGACCAAUCAGAGCAGCACCCUGACCUGCCCCCUCCUACACCGCCCCCUAUGAAUGGGCACGCUGAUGAUGAGGGCUGGUAUGGUUCCAAUAGGUAUUUCAGGAUAAUGUGCCCACCCAUGCGGAGAAUGUCCUCCAAAGCUGUGGGAAGUCACUUGUUGGGGAGGCAUAACCACCUCGUCCACAGCACCAGUAUAGAGGUGGGGACAGAGGAUGAUACGGACAGAACAGAAGAUGAACUGGCUAACAAGGUGCACAAACUGCAAUCUCAGGUAAGCGAGCUGGAGGAGGACCAUCUGUACAAGAACGAGCAGGAGGUCAGACUCAGGAACGAAAAUGCUGCUUUACAAGAAAGAAUAAACCUACUAGAAGAACAGCUGAGAGAUGUAGAAGUCAAGGCCCAGGAGAAUCUGGAGGAAGAGAGAAGACAACAUAGGGAAGCCAUGGCUAAACAAGAAAGAGAUUUGAGAGACGACAUAGAUCUACUAACAAAUAGAACAACAAUGCUGGAAGAAGAAAACUCCAGACUAAAAGAAGACAUUCCAAGGUACAAGUCAACAAUAGAGAGGUUAAAAGAGGACCAGACAGUCUUGCGGGAACAGCUGGAGGAGACCAACCAACUCCGGGAGGAGACCACCCAGGAGCACAGAGAUCUGGAGCAGCGGGCGCGGGGGGAGAGACAACAGUAUGAGGAGGAGAGACUCGCUAACCACAUGUUAAUAGAAGAGAUGAACAAGGAACUAGAAGACCUGAGGAGGUACAAGGUCGACAACGAGAGGCUGACCAAGAGUCGAAGCCCCAGUUUCCUGGACAUGCCCAGUAGGUACAACGAACUGGAGAGGGAGAUCAGAAAACUCAAGGAGGAGAAUCGAGGGCUAAGGGAAGCAAAUGAUGACCUGAACGUUCAGCUGCUGAACCACAGUUUCCAGGAGGGGAAGAACCUGAUCAAUGGACCGUCCUCUUCACUCGCAUCCGAGCUGGAGUCUGCAUCUAAAGACGAGGUUGUGGAGGCUUUGAGAGAACAGCAGGAGAUGAAUGCCAGGAUGAGCGAAUACAUCGACAGAAUCCUCACCAACGUGCUGGAACACAACCCCGGCAUCCUGGAGCUAUCUGCAUCAGGGUCUGGAUGAACUGAGGAGUUACUGAAACGUCGGGUCAGUGCAAGUAGCAGAACACGGAGCAACCACCUGGUCACCAAGUUUUGUUUUUAUUUUUUCUUCAUAUCAGAAAUCACACUGCCAACAAGCAAAGAAAAAAGAACAUGCAUGUACAUGCAUGUACAUACUAGAACAUGCUUUGGUAUAGCUGACCUAACUCACUGUUGUGUUAUCUUAUAAAAUCCCACCUUUGUGCUUUAAGAAGCAUUGGACCUUUCAAUAAAGGUUUUUGGGAUGUUGUGGUCUCUUUGACCAAAAUGACACACUCAUGUGCAGCUGCUAACACCUUUGGAU